AUGUGCAACAGUGACUGAGCGGUGAACUUAUUAUACUGCAUUAUCCGUCUUAAUGUUCCUCAAGGGGACAUGUUUUGUCUCACUUGUUGAGUAUCCUUAAAUGAAUGUAGCAGCUGGAUUCUUUAAAACAAAAAAAAACACGACCAAAUCUCCAAUUCCUCUUGGUUUUUAUAGAAAAUGAGGCUUAAUAACUCACUCUAUUUUUAGUGUGCGUUGUAAUUUGAAUUGGCUCGUAGCUUUUAAAAAACAUACACACUCAUGACAGCAUCGGCUGUGUGACGUUCACACUCGAGACUCGCUGCUGCGUGUGCGCGGGCACAUGCAGUUCUGACGCGUCCUUCUGCGGCAGCGUCUGGCGCGCACAGAUAUAAAGACCCGGCGCGUCGCCGAGCGCGCAGAAGAGCAGAAGAGACGCAACGGCACCGCGCGUACACACCUCCAUCUGACCUACUGGGAAUUAAUUGUAAGUAUGUUGAUAUUUAAAUCUACAAAACAUUACUGACAUCAACUUAACUUGUCUUACUACCAGACUUGUUGUAAAAGCUGCUCCAAAUGUCCUAAUCACUGGAGCUCUAUCGUUGGAGUUGGAGUUUUGAUUUCUAACUGAUGUGUGGCAAUGACUUUAAAGUUUAACAAUGCAUACACAAUCUCCGCUCGGUAAAUAUAAAAUAAUUUGUAAUUUGUAUAAGUACAUUGGACGAUGGUGAACACUUUUCACUCUGCUCUGCCAGAUGCAUCCUAACUUGGUGAGCUGGCUGGGGACUCUGGGGCUCCUGCUGUGGGCGCUGCUCUGCCUGAGCGCCCUGACCGAGGGGUACCCGGUGAAGCCGGAGAACCCCGGGGAGGACGCCCCGGCGGAGGAACUGGCCAAAUACUACUCAGCCCUGAGACACUACAUCAACCUCAUCACGAGACAGAGGUAUGGGAAGAGGUCCAGUCCUGAGAUUCUGGACACACUGGUCUCUGAGCUGCUGUGGAAGGAAAGCACAGACACGCUUCCACAGUCAAGAUAUGACCCAUCAUUGUGGUGAUGCUGCCAUCGGUGUCGUCUCCACCUCACUUCCCGCCGCCGGGCCCGUCGCUGCCGACAUUCUGACCUCUGCACAUCUGUCCCUCCACAUCCUCCUUUCAACUGACCACCCUGCCUCUGCGCCCUUUUUUCCGCGACGAGCCGCCGCGUAUAUUCAACCCCUCCUCCUCCUCAACCAUCACACACGACGGUCGAAACUGCUUGUAGUAUGUGCCACAAAACUGUAAAUAUUUUAUUCUUAGUUAUCAUCUGUGAAACAUAAAGGGUGAGCAGGGGAGAGAUAUGUUUUGUUUGUAUUGUAUACCUGUGCUAUUAAAUAAUCAUUGUUUGAA